AAAAAUAUAUUUGACAUUGGUGAUUUCUGUGUCGAGCGUGUGUGUUUCAAGAAAGUUCUUAAUUAUUGAAGCGUUUCAUCCGCAAAAUGUAGAUCGGUAUUGUAAAAUAAUAAUCAUUAUACGUUUUCGUCAGGGAGGUAAUGAAUUAUUGUCGCCUUAAUGUGUAAAUCAUCUAAAAUGGUGUCGGGGAGUACGCGGGUGAUACAGGUCACCAACAUCGCGCCGCAGGCAACGAAAGACCAAAUGCAAACGUUGUUUGGGUACUUGGGUAAAAUUGACGACAUUAGACUGUACCCUACAAUCAGAGACGUAUCAUGUCCAGUUCAGUCUCGAAUAUGUUAUGUAAAGUAUUACGAUUCGGCGACUGUAAACGUUGCGCAGCAUAUGACCAAUACUGUGUUCAUCGACCGGGCCUUGAUUGUGAUACCUGUUCAGUCAGGAGAAAUACCCGAUGAGCAUAAGGCUUUGGAGAUGUCCAGCAAUGGUACUCUGGUGCCAGGGUUAAGUACUGUGGAGCCACGAUUGCCGGCACAUGUCAUGAACACAUUGGAAGGCGUCCCGCCAAAUCAGAUCAUACAGACUCACGACCCUAAAAUGGUAGCGGCGGGGCUACCUCCUUACCCGCCUCUGCCGGCUGCCUAUGACUCGCGCAAAAUAGAAGAGAUUAGAAGAACUGUUUUAGUGAUUGAUACAGGAUCUCUGACCCAUCAACAACUUAUUGACCAUUUCUGCCAAGCGGGAGAGGUAAAGUACUUGCGGUUUUGUGAGCGUGAGGCAGACAAAUUGAAGUAUGCAUUGAUUGAGAUGACAGAACAGGAAAGUGUGCUUAAGGCUUUAAGAUUGAAUGGUUCUUCUUGUGACGGGCAGACUAUUAAGGUGCAUCAUGCAACUCAAGCAAUCUGCAAACCGCAGACUAAGAGUAAUGAAGCGGCUCAGCGUGAGAUUGAGGAGGCGAUGUGCCGUGUGAAGGAAGCGCAGAACCUAAUCUCGGCUGCCAUCGACCCUGUUAUAGGCCUGUUGUCUAAGGAUAAGAGAAGGACGCGGUCCCGGUCUCGCUCACGCCGGCGGUCGCGGUCACGUUCACGGCGGUCGCGCUCCCGCGGGCACCGCAAGCGGUCACGCUCGCGGUCGCGCCGCCGCCGCUCACGGUCCAGGCACCGGCAUCGCUCCAGCAGGUCGCGGUCCCGGCACCGCAGCUCGCGGCGUUCCCGCUCACGCUCCCGCCACCGCGGCUCGCGCUCCAAGCGAGACCGCGACCGCAGCCGCGACCGCAAGGACAAGGACAAGAAGGAAUCCGUCGACAGAGAUAAAUCAGAAAAAUCCAAAUCACCACAAAAAGAACCCGAAAAGGAAGACACCAGCCAAGAUUCCAAACCCGAAACUAUCGAGACCAACGGCAACGGAAACGGAUCCGAUUCUACCAAAUCUAAAGCUUCGACUCCAGCUGAUGACAAGGAAAAAGAAUCUGAUAAGGAAUUAAAAGAAAAGGAGCGCUCGAAGUCGCCGGCGAAGAAGAAGGAUCGUUCCCGCUCGCGAGACAAGAAACGCGACCGAUCACGCUCGAGGCGUAGAUCGCGGUCGCGCUCUCGUAGGAAGCGGUCCCGGUCGCGUAAGCGGUCGCGCUCUAGGAAACGAUCACGUUCCAGGAAACGUUCUCGGUCGAGGAAGCGGUCGCGGUCUCGGGACCGUAAGAGAUCUCGGUCAAGGGAUCGCAAGCGGUCACGGUCGAGGGACAGGAAGCGGUCACGCUCGCGCGACAGGAAACGUUCCCGGUCCCACAGCCGCCGCUCGAAGAGUCGCUCACACUCGCACAGGGAUUCCAAAACGCCUCACGACCGCAAAUCCCGCGAGCGGUCACCAUUGCCGCCAGUCGCAGAAGAAAAGGCAACCUCUAUCAUUGAAACCAAACCUAUGGACAUGAGCGACGAAAAAAAUUCUCCAGACAAUAUGGACAUUUCCAAUUCACCGUAGUUCGCUUAACUUGUAUAUGUUGCAGAUUACUCGUUCUCUUUUAUUUUUCUACUGAUAGUCUCGUGUUUAUUUUAUCAAUUGUAUUUCCAACUUAAAAUCCACAUUUCUUUAGUCGACUUUCGUCAAUGUAAUUAAGGAUAAAUAAAUUAAAUGACAAUUA